CCCAAAUUGAUCUGUGCUUCGAAUAUCGAACACCACCUCGAUCUGGACUUGCGGCUAAUGACACAGUUGAAAAGCUAUUCAGAGGACCUUCAGGAUCAUAUUAGUGUGCUGAAUCGAUAUGUAGAUGAAAGGAGAUCGAAACUAGCCAAAGUGGGAACAGAUCCAGAGGAAUACUUGGGCAAUCCCCUGAACAGCUUCUCCUUGUUGCAUCACAUGCACUUCGAUUGGCCCAUUUGGCGCAGAUUAAUGGAGCAGCCCUUGGCUUCAGAGCAAGUCGCUGAGAUGCGGGAGUUGCUGAACCAGAUUCCAUCAAGGUAUGAAUACAAGGACUCGAUAGGAGAAGCUAUACAUUACCGAAAAACACAAACGGAAGAUGAAGUCGAAUAUGAUUCCAGACUUAGUCCUUUGGAAUCCCUGGAACUCGCUCAGUAUGCUUUCGACCAGGAGGACUACGACCAGGCAGAAGACUGGCUGAAUAGAACCCUAGAAGGCUACCAAAACCUUAAUUACCCACAAAAGGAACUUUAUGGAGUUCUUACACCUGUAAGUGAGAGUCAGGUGCAGGAUCUCUAUGACAAAGUAAAGGAAAUAAAAAGGAAAGCAAAAUAA